AUGUCUAAAGCGCAGGCAGAGGGACUGAGCUUAUUUUUGAAUGAUCAAGCAAAUUUCAAUAAUCCUAUUGCACCAAGUACUUCACCCCGCAAAGAGAAGCCCAAAUGGGAUUCGAAAUUCAACAAAAAUUUACGUGUUUCUGCUUCCUCUGAUGAUCAAUUCUUUCGAACAAAGCUGAGUCACUAUUACGAAUUGGAUGAAGUCCAAACAAAAAAUAUUCGCGCUGAAGAGCUAACCAAACAAUCUACAACAGAAUGGUUAGAAAAUUACGGUUUAAAAACUAAAGGAUUAACACUUGGUGAUUUUAUUGCUAUGGGCAAAAUUCCAGAGAAUAGAAUGAAAGAAUUUGCGGAAAAUUCGGAUUUAUCACUUAACCAGAUUGUGGAAGUAUUCAAACAAAAUCUCCCGUCACAUCUCGAAUAUAACCCCAAACAGGUCAAUCAAUUUGAAUGUAGCCUUCAUGAAUCUAUCUACGAGUAUACAAACAGAAUAAGAUGGUUAAUGCAGGGAACAAGGAAAAUAUUUGGUUUAAUUCGUGGAGAAAAUAUCGGUCUUCUGUUGGAUUGUUCAGAUGCAAAUUUAGGCUUUGGCAGAGAUAAGCAAUUUAAACAACAUUUAAUUGAAUUGGUUAAUGAACAACUCACUGCAGACAAGUUGAAAACAUUAUACGUAGCAAGUUAUGGAACAAAUAUAAACUCAUUAUGGCCAUAUCCAAUGUCUGUAAAUGCACGUGUAAUAAAUGAAUUAAAGUAUUUUAUUAAAGAACAACUGGUACCAUUGGGCGGAUCAAAUUUGUUGAGUGGUAUAAAACAUAUGAUCAUGUUUGGUAGGAAACAAUUGGAUACUAUCGUUAUUAUAUGUGGCAGUUAUCCAGAUCAACCUGCUAUAUUUAUUCAACAAUAUUUAGAGCAAAUACUUGCUGGUUUCACAUCACCUCGACUACAUUUAGUGGCAUAUGAUUGCCAUAAUCCUGAAGUAAAUCAACUGUUAGCUCAACUGGCCACAAUAAAAACUGAUUUCAUAUAUCAUUGUUAUUUAUCUGGGAAUGAAUCGGCUGUGUAUACAAGUGAUGAAAUUGCUCGUCUUUUGAAAGAGAUAGAUGAUGCACAGAAAGUUCUUGAAGUUGUUGGUCAUCUAAGGAAAGAAAUGGAGAGCUCAUCUACCAUCGCACAGCAAGCUGUAGAUGAAAUAAACAUGGUAUCCGAUGCUAUAUGUAAUUCUCCAGUAUAUUAUCUACCUCAACCAACUAAUACACGUUUACUACAUGACAAACUUGAGUUGGAUCACCUGCAUAGACAGUGUAACAGACAAUGGAAAACUUUUCAACCAACUUCUUCUGAAGUUUGGUUAAGUAAGCAUGGGCUGAAGGCUCGCAAAUUGAAUUUAUUCCAAAUUUUGGCACCAAAUGCAUAUUCACAAGUUGUUGGUUAUGUCCCAUCAAUUCAACGUUCUGUUAGUGCUCAAAUACAUGAAAAUUGUAUGGUUCAAGUUAGGUGGCUUGAUGGAUCAAUAAAAAAUGUUCAUGUUGAUCUUAAUGAAUUAUAUAAAUAUCAGUCACAAAUAACAAAUUUGGUCGGAUUAUUAGAAAAACGAAUUCACUGGUUGACUCAAAAAAGUCGUGGAUACUUUGGUACUCUCAUAGAAUCGAAUGUAGUCAUUUUAAUUGAUUUAUCAAAGUAUAAUACUAUCUAUAUGGUGCAUAUACACUAUUGUUUACGUCAUUUACUUGAAGAGCAAAUUUCAACGAAAUCUAAAUUUAAUUUAAUUGUAUUUGGUUCAAAUUCUACAGCUUUUCAAUCAUAUUUAAUUGAUGUGAAUGCUAAUAAUUUACAAGCAUCAUGGGAUUGGUUUAAGACCCAACAUUGCAAUGGAAGUCGUAAUUUAUUGAGUGCUUUGAGAUUAGUGUUUGAAAGUCAGUCAGAAAAAGAUUUGGUUGAAUCGAAUUUAGGAAUUUAUAUAUUUACAUCAGGUAUACCUGAUCAAGAUAGUGAAGUGAUUUCAUCGUAUGUGGAAGCUAAACUCUGUACAUUUAUAAACACUCACGUACAUAUAGCGUUAUAUCAUGUGGACAAUAUCGUUACAGAUAAACAGUUGCCAAUUCGUUAUGCAAAUACUACAGAAACUGCGAAUUCUUUACGUAAAAUAGCUCAUUCAACCCCGAAUGGACGUUUUCACUGGUUUCGUGAAAAUGGUAUCAUUGAAAGUGAUGAUGUUUGUGUCUUAUUGGAUGAAAUAGACGAGGCAAUCAGCUAUUCAAAACAAGCACAAUUACUUAUCUCAUCAAUCUCGGAUAAACGAGUCGGAUCAGAAGUUGAUCCAAAGUCUGAUAAAAGCAUAGUUCCAAAGAGUACUAGUACGACUAAUCAGUUAAUGGGUGGGGGGGAUCCUUUAAAUCAGAUUGAACCACGUUUAAACUUAUUGACAUUGGCUCGAAAAGAAGCUAUUCAAGCAAAAAUAAAAGGUGUAACCACUGACAAUGAUUCAUGUCCAAAAGCUGUAACAUGGUAUCAAGAAAUAAAUAAUAAUGACAAGACACAACCCAAUCAUGUGAGAAGUAAAAUUUCUGGACGUAAAAAGCCCAAUAUCCCAGUAAAACAAACUCGAACUAAACGAUUUAUCUGUCAAAUACCUACGCAUGAAGAAAGACUUACAAGUCGUGAGUGGUUACGUAAAUAUAGUAUUCGUAGUUUGGGACUUAAUUUAACACGUCUUACAUCUGGAAUGGAUUGUAAACAUGAAAUGUCCUUUGUGAAUUCCACUCGAUCAGUGGUUCAUGCACGUUACUGUAGCGGGUUAUUUCCUCUUGUAAAUGUGGCUGGGACUCUUCGGCAUCUUCAGUAUUCUUUAGAUGAACUAAAAACCUUCGAACAAAAGGUAACCGAAGCACUAAAACGCUAUAUCAGACGUUACGAAUGGUUAACGUCAGGAUCGAGGAAAUAUUUUGGUCUGAUACGUGAAGAAUGUAUUGUCAUUUUGAUUGAUACAUCCGGUUCAAUAGGUCCUAAAAUGAAUGAAAUAAAAACUUAUCUAAAGCUUUUAAUAUGGGAACAAUUGCACAAGAACAAGGUGUUUUUCAACUUGAUUAGUUUCAGUAGCGCAUUACUUGAAUGGCAGGUUUCCGGUGUAGUAUUGGCAGAUGAAGGAAACUGUCAUGAUGCCAUAGCAUGGAUCGAUCAACUGAAGGCUAUUGGUGGUACGUGUACCGGUGAAGCUAUUCUAUGUGGUUUAAAUCACUUACAAAUUAUGAAUUCAUCAAAUAUCACAGAAAUGUAUGAUGUUAACUUCAAUAAACUGACUAAAGGGAUCUAUUUAAUUACAGACGGUAAACCGGAUGUUAGCUGCUCUUCAUUGAUUAAAAAAAUUGCAGAAGUUUGGAACCUCAAUCCUGAUAGUAACGUUGACUUACAAGAUACAAAAAUAACAAAAAACUCCAAAACAUUGAAUGAUAUGACAAAUAAAAAUGAUGAAAUUAAACAUACAAAAACUUCUAAACUAGUACAACUGUACAAAUAUCCACCAAUACACACAAUCUCUUAUACAAAUGAUCAGACUGCCUCAUCAUUUCUGAAAAAGUUAUCAAACCUAACUAAUGGACGUUUUCAUACUUCUCUGGACAUUUCAUCAACUAAUGCGUUUUUGGACUAUUUACUACAGUCUUUGUCUAAAAUGGACACAAGUGAAAAUGAUAUAUCCACACAUCAAAAGGAUAUUUCGUCAUUUCCUAAUAUUCAGUCAGAUGAUAUCAGAUUAAUACAGAAAGAAAUUCGAACAACUUAUCGAACAUUGGUUUGUCUAAAAUAUUUUCAGGAUGUAUAUAAGGAAACAAAAUCUCUUCGAAAGUAA